AUUUCUUUUUCUUCAAAAUUUCGGCUGUUUUUAUUUUUUUUUCAAAUUUUUAAAACCAGAAAUGUGAAAAGACAAUCAUGUCCUUAAAUUUAGGUUCAGUUUUCCCAACAUACAAUCACAAGUUCAGAAGGCUUAGAAUCCGAGUUGCUAAUCAUUGGAUGGAGCGCAGUGUUCUUAUAAUGAGUUAUUGUGUGCUGAGCUUUCAGUAAAGCUUAAAUCCCACAACUAUCUUCUCGUUGAGCUUAUUUGCCGAAUGUUUGAUAUGGAAAAUUGUUCGCCGGUUGCGGUUUCCGGCGAUGCUUCUUUAUCUUCUUCACGUUAUAUCGAACCAGUGACGGCGGUAGCCCUGCCGAAGAAGAAACGGAACCUUCCCGGAAUGCCAGACCCGACGGCGGAGGUGAUUGCUUUGUCGGCGGAGAGUUUGCUGGCGACGAACCGGUUUGUGUGCGAGAUAUGCAACAAAGGCUUCCAGCGGGACCAGAACCUGCAGCUUCACCGGCGAGGCCACAACCUUCCCUGGAAGCUUCGGCAACGGACUGACAAUGAGGUGCGUAAGCGCGUCUAUGUCUGUCCGGAACCUACCUGCGUCCACCACAAUUCGGCGAGAGCACUCGGCGAUCUUACCGGAAUAAAGAAGCACUUCUGCAGAAAACACGGCGAGAAGAAAUGGAAGUGCGAGAGAUGCUCGAAGAAAUACGCGGUAAAAUCCGAUUGGAAAGCGCAUAUGAAAACUUGCGGAACUCGAGAGUACAAAUGCGAUUGUGGCACUUUAUUUUCUAGGAGGGAUAGUUUUAUUACGCAUCGAGCCUUUUGCGAUGUAUUAGCGGAGGAAAGUUCUCGUGCUCAAACCCUAGCAGUUCCAUACUCUAAAGCGAAGGAAUCGGACACGGUUUCGCCUCCCCCGCCACCGCUCACUCCGACAACCACUGUGGUAUCUCCGGCGUUGUCAAUUCACAGCUCAGAGCUAGCUGAUACUCAGAUCAGAGUUUCAUCCAUAUCAACGCCUUCAGCCGCGGCUGUCAAUAGUAGCUCAAAUGAUUUGUUUGGAAAUAGUACUGUUUUUGCUCCCUCUGCUUCAUCCACGACCGUUGCAGUCUCCAGUUUAGCCUCUACAAUUGUGUCUUACGAUUGCCCCUCUACUCGCCCUCCUGUUUCCACCGUGAAUCCCACCUCGCUCUCUCUCUCCACACCUCUCUAUCUUUCCCCCAAAGGAUCAUCCUCCCUCUUUCCCCGACCUGACCAAGACCGUCUGCAGUACACGUGUUCAACUCAACCGGCGGCCAUGUCCGCCACCGCUUUGCUACAGAAGGCAGCGGAAAUGGGGGCAACCGCGUCUAAUCCAUCGUUGUUCCGUGGCAUUGGGAUGGCUACUACUACUUCUUCAGUUCAUGAUAGGUCUGCCACUGCUAAUGUGAACCGGGAUCAUCGCAAUGGCGCUUCGUUAACGGCUGGGUUAUGGCUUGAACUUCCCUCUGGACCGGCUGGUUCUGGUUUGAUGAUGGCGGGUGGUCCAUUUUGCUCGUUUGGAAGUCAGCCCAUGACGAGGGAUCUUCUUGGGCUUGGCAUAGACGGCGGUGGAGCCUCUACUAGUAGAUUUUCAGCUCUGAUCGCUUCCAUGAACGGUGGGUGUGCCUACGACGAAAGCUCCACCGCCGACGCUUGGGAUCGAGAUGAACAAGAUGGAAAAUAUUGAUUGCUGGCUGGAGCUGCUGCUCGUGUGGUCCUCCACCGACUUCGCCUCAUAGCUCCGUUCAACUCCACGGUGGUUGCCGUUCCGCCCGUCGAACUGCCGCUGUCUGUAGAUAUUUUUAAGUUAUAUUUAAUUUGCAAGCCACUAAAUUUAUAAUUUAAAUUUAAAUUGAUAGCUACUAAUACCAAGCUUGUUUAUAAAACAAGACAAUUUAGUAAUGUAGUGAGGAAUAAAACAAUGUAACCUGACAU